AUGUCAGCAACAGCGUCAGACCCGUACGAUCAAAUUCCAGCAGCCCCAGCAGAUGAAGAUAUAGGUAUUGAAUAUCUUGAAAUGGAGUUUAGACAAAAAGGUAAUUUCCAGAUGAUAAACCAGAAGCCGAUAAGAAAGCCUUGCUGAAUCAGGUGUUUCGAUCGUUGAAAAGAGCAAAAGAUCUAUUUUAUCACGAUUAUACACAACCGCCAGUUCUGCCCGAAGAAAAGUGAGUGUAUUUAGUUUUUCAUUUCAUAGCUCCAACAUCGCCUGUUUUUUCAGUGACGGCCUCAUUCGAUCGAUAAAACGAAAGCACGAGUACGGAAGUGUCAUAAAGCAAGUGGAAGAGGGGAAAAAGAAGAGAGAAGAUGAGAUGCUCGCUCUUCCGACUUCUCAGCCAUUUAACGGCAGCGGAUCAGUGAUUGCGGCGGCAGGCACUCCAUUGGCUAUCACCGACGGAACUGGAAAACUGGUGAAUCAGCAGCAAGCAGGCAAUAAGGGAAAGAUUCUUCCUCUGGUACCGCUCGGAAGCACGUCGAGGGGAGAUGACAACACGACUCGCUCGCUUCUUCCGUCGAAGGCGCCGAUGAUGAUGAAGCCGAAAUGGCACGCACCGUGGAAGCUCUAUCGUGUGGUGUCUGGUCACACCGGAUGGGUCAGAGCCGUCGACGUGGAGCCGCAGAAUCAGUGGUUCGCUUCUGGAGGAGCGGAUCGUAUCAUCAAGAUUUGGGACCUUGCCACCGGACAACUCAAGCUGUCGCUGACGGGUCAUAUCAGUUCAGUAAGAGCCGUCAAGAUCUCUCCAAGACAUCCGUUCUUGUUCAGUGGGGGAGAAGACAAACAGGUUUGUUCUCGUAACGAUUGAAACGCAUACAAAAGUGUGUUUUCCAGGUCAAAUGCUGGGAUUUGGAAUACAAUAAAGUGAUUCGCCACUAUCACGGUCACUUGAGUGCAGUUCAAGCUCUUUCCGUUCACCCCUCACUCGACGUUCUGGUUACGUGUGCUCGUGAUUCCACCGCCAGAGUCUGGGACAUGCGGACCAAAGCUCAAGUGCAUUGCUUCGCCGGACACACGAACACUGUCGCCGACGUCGUCUGCCAAUCUGUUGAUCCCCAAGUCAUCACCGCCUCACACGACGCGACCGUCCGUCUCUGGGACCUGGCCGCCGGCAGAUCGAUGUGCACGCUAACGCAUCACAAAAAGUCUGUGCGCGCUCUCACAAUCCAUCCCCGCCUCAACAUGUUCGCAUCGGCGUCGCCGGACAACAUCAAGCAAUGGAAGCUGCCGAAAGGCGAAUUCAUGCAGAACUUGUCCGGACACAACGCUAUCAUUAAUACUCUGGCGUCGAAUGACGACGGUGUCGUUGUGUCGGGCGCCGACAACGGAACACUGUGCUUUUGGGACUGGCGAUCCGGAUUCUGCUUCCAGAAGUUGCAGACGAAACCACAACCGGGAUCCAUCGAAUCAGAAGCGGGAAUCUAUGCGUCAUGUUUCGAUAAGACCGGGUUGCGAUACAUUACUGCCGAGGCUGACAAGACCAUCAAAAUGUACAAGGAAGACGAUGAGGCGGUCAGUUUUUUACAGAACUCGUGAAGUUUUCAUUGAAUUUAAUUUUUUCAGACCGAGGAAAGCCAUCCGAUCGUUUGGAGGCCGGAAAUUGUCAAAAAGAAGACGUACUGA